ACCAAGGCGCAAAGGCAUCCGGGCGCCACCUCACCUGCGUGAUGACUUAAGUGCGUGAAAUCCGACUCGCAGAGGCAGUUCGGUGCGCAGCGCGCGGCAGUGUGCUCUGCUGUCAGCUGACCGGCAGCAAACAGCUGAGUCCGCAGUUACAAGAAGAAGAAGAAGAAGAAGAAGAAGACGAAGAAGAAAGAAAGAAAAGUUUGACUUUUCUCUGGUGAAGUCCGGCGCGUGCUGCGUCUGUCUGCUCCGACCUGUUGGCCCGCGGAGCUCUGAGGGGCCAUUGGUCGUUGUGUUGAGGGUCCGACAUACAAGUCGGCUGCGAGGAUGAUGUCCUACAUAAAGCAACCCCAUUACACCAUGAACGGGUUAAAUUUGCCUGGCCCCGGAAUGGAUGUGCUGCAUACAACCAUCGCUUAUCCAUCCACUCCCCGGAAGCAGCGCAGGGAGCGCACCACCUUCACCCGGACACAGCUGGACAUCCUGGAGGCGUUGUUCUCCAAGACCCGCUACCCGGACAUCUUCAUGAGGGAGGAGGUGGCCCUCAAGAUCAACCUGCCCGAGUCACGUGUGCAGGUGUGGUUUAAAAACCGGCGUGCCAAGUGCCGUCAGCAGCAGCAGCAGAGCAGUGGCCAGUCCAAGCCCCGCCCUCCCAAAAAGAAGGCCUCCCCGUUGCAGGAACCCAGCAUCCCUGAUCCUGUCCCUAACCCGUCUGGUUCCUACAGCCCCUCCUCUGUCCAGUCCGGCCCCGGCCUGGUUCCGAGCUCCAGCACCGGGAACACCGGCGUGUCCAUCUGGAGCCCGGCCAUCUCGCCCCUGCCCGACCCCCUGGCCUCCUCCUCGGCCCCCUGCAUGCAGCGGCCCUCACCUUACCCCAUGAGCUACGGCCAGCCGUCGGCCUACACCCAAGGCUACGCCAGCACCACCUCCUACUUCACCGGUCUGGACUGCAGCGCCUAUCUGUCCCCCAUGCACUCGCAGCUGUCGGGCACCGUGGGCGCCCUCAGCCCCAUCGCCGUGCCCUCGAUGGGGGGCUCCCUGAGCCAGUCCCCGGCCUCGCUGUCCUCGCAGGGCUACAGCACGGCCUCCUCCCUGGGCUUCACCUCUGUCGACUGCCUGGACUACAAGGACCAGCAGGCCUGGAAACUGGGCUUCACCACAAUGGACUGCCUGGAUCACAAGGACCAAAACUCCUGGAAGUUCCAGGUCCUCUAGAGAGGGGCGUCGCCCGUGUGUGUGUCAAAGGGUCCCGCGUGAGAUAGUGUGAGCCACGUCUGCUGGAGGACUUGUUAUCUUUGAUUUGAUGUUUUUUGUCUGUACGUUUUUUUUUCUUUUUCUCAAGGUGACCUCUGUAGAAAUGAUUUUAAUGUGAACGACUUCGGAGAGGAAAGGAUCAGUGACCGUCAUCAAUGCUGUCUGACUGCAAACAUUCGUAAAGGAAACAAAAGCCUGUCAAGAGUUAGUCGGAAAGUACCGGAGUCGUUGGUAGGGAAACACACUGAGCCGUCUGCUCCCAACAUGUCCGACUCCGACGCACACGCAUUAUGUUUGAAACUUGCAUCGUCAUAGAGUGAAAGCUGCUGUGGUGAGACGGAGCUCUGAAGUCCGGAGAGGUCACCUGCUAUUUCCGGGUUUAAUCAUUUUAAGCUAUUAAUUAUUAUUUAAGCUACAUUUAAAUGUCAUUGGUUUGCGUUUAGAGCUUAGCAUUUGUGUUUCGUGCAGUGUUAGCAUUGUUAGCCUUCAGUGUUUAUCAUCACAAUCUGUUUGAUGGAGGAUAAAAAAGCUUUGUGACAUAUUAAAGUGAUCUAUUCUUUAAA